CUGGUUUUAUCUUUGUCAUUUGCAGGCUGUGUCCUGGGCCCUGCCCUUGGGGUGCUGUCCAGGAUGGCAUAUGGAACUCCAAGAAUGGGUGGGGCUUCUUGGGGCAGGGGGAUCCCAGGGUAGGAUGCAUACAGUCUCUUCUGGUGUAGUGGUGAAUAUUCCCCAUGGCUCAGAGUUGUCUUCUGGCUCUUACUGAGGUGAUCUGGGCGGGCAGUUGGCUCCAUUUUAUAGAUGAGGAAUCUGAGGCUCCUCUGACAAGAGAUGAGGUCACAGAGCUAGUUGUGGGCAGAAUUGGAACUCGAACCUCUAGCUCCUGACUCCUGGUGCCUAUUGUGAUUUGUCACACCACUCCCGUCCAUCUUUCCCUUGGGGCGAUGAGUGAGAGAGUUUAUAAAUCAGUUCAGACUCGCACUUGGGUGGCACAGCCCCUGAGGGAACUGAGGUGAUGAUAAUCCCUUACCUUUUUACAGCAUUUUAUAGUUUACAAAAUAAUUUCAUGAUUUGCAUUUUUAAAAUAGUAUUAACCCAUCUCACAGAUGAGGAAACUGAGUCUCUGGCAGUUUACAUGGCUUACCCAGGCAAUUGGGACUUGAAUCCAGAACUUCUGACUCAAAGAUGAGGGCUCUCUCUCCUGUCUUAUGGUUGCUUCUUUUCUUAGUAGACCUGGAUUUCCUGAGUACAAAUUGCCGAAGCUGGCCAUGCUGCUGUUUCUCUGAACUUGUUCAGAGCAGAUCUGAAGAAGUGAGGAGGGCUCUUUUUCUAUCUCCUUAACAAAUUUGAAUUGGUAUACAUCAAAUAAGAACCGUAUAGGGGCACCUGGGUGGCUCAGUCCAUUAAGCGUCCGACUUCGGCUCAGGUCAUGAUCUCAUGGUUCAUGAGCUGGAGCCCUGCGUCAGCCUCUGUGCCAACAGCUCAGAGCCUGGAGCCUGCUUCUCCCUCUUGCCCCUCCCUCACUUGUGCUCUAUCUCUCUCUCAAAAAUAAAUAAAUAUUAAAAAAAAAAAAGAACCGUAUAUCGUCAGUCAUUGGUGAGAAAAGGCUUGCUUGAGCAGGGCCAUUCUUAAGGAACCAGUGCUGUGGAUUAUUGUUAAGUUAUUGGCUCCUUGCAAGCUGAUUACUUUUAGGCCCAGACUCUGAGGCUUCCACCAGUGUUCAUGGCUGUCCUGACCUCCCGUUUCCUCCCGUUUCAGGGCUGUAUGUUCCAGGCCUCAAUGAAGAGCCCAAACAUGGAGACGUUCAAGCAGCAGAAGGUGGAGGACUUUUAUGACAUCGGAGAGGAGCUGGGGAGCGGCCAGUUUGCCAUUGUGAAGAAGUGCCGAGAGAAGAGCACGGGGCUGGAGUACGCAGCCAAAUUCAUCAAAAAGCGGCAGAGCAGGGCCAGCCGGCGGGGCGUGUCCCGGGAGGAGAUUGAGCGGGAGGUGAGCAUCCUGCGGCAGGUGCUGCACCCCAACGUCAUCACGCUGCAUGACGUCUUUGAGAACCGAACCGACGUGGUGCUCAUCCUCGAGCUAGUGUCGGGAGGAGAGCUCUUCGACUUCCUGGCCCAGAAGGAGUCGCUGAGUGAAGAGGAGGCUACCAGCUUCAUCAAGCAGAUCCUGGACGGUGUGAACUACCUUCAUGCCAAGAAAAUUGCUCACUUUGAUCUCAAGCCAGAAAACAUUAUGUUGUUAGACAAGAAUAUUCCCAUUCCACACAUCAAGCUGAUUGACUUUGGCCUGGCUCAUGAAAUAGAAGAUGGAGUUGAAUUUAAGAAUAUUUUUGGGACGCCAGAAUUUGUUGCUCCAGAAAUUGUGAACUACGAGCCCCUGGGCCUGGAGGCUGACAUGUGGAGUAUAGGCGUCAUCACCUACAUCCUCCUAAGUGGAGCAUCCCCUUUCCUGGGAGACACAAAGCAGGAAACGCUAGCAAAUAUCACAGCAGUGAGUUACGACUUUGAUGAAGAAUUCUUCAGCCAGACCAGCGAGCUAGCCAAGGACUUCAUCCGGAAGCUUCUGGUGAAAGAGACCCGGAAACGGCUCACAAUCGAAGAGGCUCUCAGACACCCCUGGAUCACGUCCAAAGGAGAAGUCAGAGCCCCGGAACAGCAGAAGACAGAGCCUGCCCAGCUGAAGACCAAGCGCCUAAGAGAAUACACCCUCAAAUGCCACUCAAGCAUGCCUCCCAAUAACACCUAUGUCAACUUUGAGCGUUUUGCCCGUGUAGUAGAGGACGUGGCUCAGGUGGACCAGGGAUGCCGUGCCCUGGCAGGGACCCAUGACACCAUCCAGGACGACGUGGAGGCUCUGGUCUCCAUAUACAAUGAGAAGGAAGCUUGGUACCGGGAGGAGAGUGAGAGCGCCCGGCACGACCUCUCCCAGCUCAAGUACGAGUUCCGCAAAGUGGAGUCCUUGAAGAAGCUCCUACGAGAAGACAUCCAGGCCACAGGGUCCAGCGUCGGAAGCAUGGCCAGGAAAUUGGACCAUCUGCAGGCACAGUUUGAAGCUUUAAGGCAGGAGCUCUCAGCAGACCUACAGUGGAUCCAGGAACUGGUGGGCAGUUUCCAGCUGGAGAGUAAGAACACAGAUGGCCUGGGCUCCGUGUUCUGCAGGGACACCAGGGAGUCCCUAGUGGAGCAGCUCGACAGAUCAUGCAGCAAGGAAGUCUUGGCUGGCUUGAAACUCUGAGCACCAGAAUCUAGUCAGUAAUGCAUCCUGGAUGAUUUGCAGAAGCGUGUUCCCAAGUGCCCUGCCAGAGCAUCAGCUAGAAUUAUCCUUAGGGUGUGUGUAUGUAGCAUAGCCCUCCACCCCCUUCACAGAAUCCAGAAUCAGGAAGGCGCUAGCUAGUUACUCAUUCUGCACCUCCUCUCACCAACCUGGUUUUCUGGGAGGUGGCUGGUGGAGCAGCCAAGCUAUUAAAACAAUUGAGAAUGAGUACCUCUCAGCCUACCCUUUUCCAGAGGGAGGAUGGCUGGCCCCGGGGAGAUGCUUGUAAUUGAUCUGUGAUAAUGGAUUUCUUCACAUCUCACCUCCCACCUAUAUGUCUUAAUAAAUUGCAGAUCUUGGGUAAUCUUUGAGCUAAGUAGGGAUAACAAUAAGCCAGUUUGGUGCUUUCCUGCUGCAGAAGGAGGAAUUUAAAAUGCACAGAAAAAUAUUACCUUUCAUUUGCACUGACUUUUCACUUACCAAGCACUGUCUUUGAUCUUUAAAAGAACUCCUUGAGCAGAAAGGUGGAUGGUAUUAUUCUUGUUGUUGCUAUUAUUUCCAUGUAACUGAUGAGGAAAUUGACUCUGAGAGGAAAAAUGACUUACCCAAGGUCUUUCAUAGCUAGUUGAUGCAGAUGAGACAGAAACCUAGGAUGCCCGACCCUCAUAAGAGGUAUAUGGAGAAAUAGGGAGACUUUGCUAUAAAUAUCCACCUUAACAUUACAGUUCAGCUCCAGAGGAAACGUUAGUAGCUUCAUGUAUUUAUUUCAUGUAUUCUGACAGGUAUUGGUGGAAUGUCUCAUACCUUUAAACGAUUGUCCCAAGAAACAGGUCCUAGAAGAUGCAGUUCUCUGUUCCCAUCCAGCCCUGUCCCUGGCUGAUUUUCAGCAGGAUGGAAGGGGCAUCCCCCUUCUCCACUUUCCCCCCUUCUGACUGAGGGCCCCAGCCUUGUGUUAGAAAUGAAGACAAAAAGGGACUCAACAAGAAGAUCCCUUUUCUUAUGUACUAGGACAUAGCCCUGAAAGGGCUGAGAAAUUCCAGAGCGUUUAAGACUGGAAAGCACAGGCUCAGUGGUCCCUUCUUGACUCCAGGCUUCAAGCACACCUUCUUGAGGACUGUAUUAUGUCCUCUCCUUUUUCCUAAAGGAGGGACAUCAGCCAGCUCGUAUGGACAGAGUGUGGGCCCAGCACUGUGCUAGAAGCUUGGGGGUGAGGGACCGGAUUGUAUCAUUUCAAAGUUACUACACAGACUCACAGAACACCCUUGUCAGAUAGGCAGGGUAAGUGUUAUUCCCAAUUUGGAAUUGAGGAAACAGAGAGGAUGUGAUUUGCCCAAGGUCACUGUAGUGGCAAAAGUGGAGGCCUUCUGAUGAUAUGUCUGUUGCUCUUUCUGCUUCCCCUAACUGCCGCAGGCUCCGGGAGCUUACUCUUUAAUUAUAGGGCAGAGACACCCAGAUUCAUCCAUAUAUCCAUUGACAAAUGUUUAUUGAGCACCUGCCAGGCACUCAGCCUGGCACAGGGGAUACACUAUUGAGUGAAAACAGGCUCCUUUCCUGCCUUCAUGGAGUUGACAGUCAGGUAAAGGAUUCCAGCAUUAAACAAGAACAUUCUACAGAUGUAGGGCUGCAGGUGGGACACACGCUAUGAAAGAGAAGGAUGGAGUGCUGCACAAGCAUGCUAUGGGGGUUUGAUCUAGUCAGGAAAGGCCUCCCUGAGGUGGUGAUGCUGGAGGUGAGGUCAGCUAAGCAAACCAGGGAGAAAGAAGUGUUCCUGACAGAGCUGUCAUGCCAGGGCUCUGUGGUAGAGAGGGCAUGGGAAGCUGAAAUUGCACGGACAGAAAGCUGGAGGGGAGAGGAUAAGGUGUGUAUAUGGUGUAGAUGUGACUGGGGAGGAUGCACGACCAUUGGUACUUUGCCGUAUCAAAGAGCUCUGCCUUUAUCCCAAGAGUCAUAGGGAACCAUGAUGGGUGCUGGGCUAGUCAACAGCCUGAUGUGCUGGGCGGGGGAGGGGAUGUCCAGAGAGCAGCACAGAUGGCAAGUGGUUUAGGAGGAGACAUGAGAUUUUGACCCCAUGCAACCAUUUUUUCAGAACCCUACCUCCUUUUCCAUUAUCAUGCCAGAUCAUUUCCAAUAUUGUAUAUAACAUUGGUUACAGAAACUUUUUUCAUCAAAUAUAAGAGACCAUAUUUCCAUCAAAUAUAAGAUGUUAUUUUAUAUACCAAAAAUAAGAAAGAACAAAGCCAAGUGCAAGAGGAGACCGCUUCCCCUCUCCUCAAAGCUGGGACGCCCUCACUGAGAGGGUAAAUGAGAAAUAAAGCCACCAUGCAAAAAGGGAAGGCAAGGAAACCUGAGUCUUUCACCCUUCAUGCUAGAUGGAGGGAUGGAAAAUCCCCCCUGACAAGAGGGGCCCCACGUGUGUGGAAUUCACACAGGUUUGCUUUCUGAAUUUGCACAAUCAGUGUGAUCCAAAGGAACUUCAAUUAGAGAAUCUAAUGUCAUACAGUCUGAGGCUGAAUGGCCCUCAAUGUCUGGCAGAAGCGGUGUGGUCAUCUUCUGAAACACCUGCCUUUGUUUCAGACUGACAGUAAUGACAUAAUGCCAUUGAUGGGAAAGAAGUCCUGAUUUCAGAGAUCCAAAACUGUGUAUCUUGGGAUCAAUGGAAGAUAGCAAAGCCCUUUUUCCUGUGUCUUGCCUGGGAGACUGGGUACAAGUGACCUGUCUACAGUCUCUCCAAGAACUUACUUGCCCUGUCAUGAGAUGUGAUGUACUCAUUUGGCAUGAAGACACUGCAGAUAUUAAAGGUCCCUUUGGCUAUGUCAGUAGACCUUGACCUCAUAUAGCCAGAUUUCCUCAGGAAAGGAAGCCCCCAAUUGAAUAACUCAGGUUAAACUUUCUUGUGAAAGUCCAAAUAAAAUGCACUUAAAGGAGUAAGAUGUUGAGGAUGAUUUGAUUUGGAGAGACUGGAAACAGAGAGGGGAAGGUAGUUAGUUGAGAAUCGAGGCAUGAGUCACUCACUGUUUGUACUGAGAGGUGGACCAUCAGACACCUUCACUUUACAGCAUUUGACAGGACAGGGCCUGCCUGAAGUCACCCAGCGGGUCAUCCCCAAAGCCGGAGUCAGAACCAUAAGUGAUUCUCCUCACAGUAGUGGACUCAUCUUCUCUGUGAUCAUAUCUAGUCAUUACUAACUAUUUAUUAUUUAGGUGUUUUAUAAGCAGACCCUUUUCUGUACUAAGAGUUUCCAAAGACAAGUCGAAAUAAACUAAGAAGCGCUCCCAAGUCUUUCAGGGAAGGUGGAGGAGGAGACCAUGACCUUCCUCUGUUCCCUGGCCAGUCCAACUCUCCUCACCCUUUGGCAUCAGAACCUGAUACUGAGGGGGAGCCCAAGGAGGCCUGUGGAAUGUCAGAGAAUCCACCUGACUCCCCACCACAUGUUCACAGCUGGCAUUUUAACAUGGAGUCAAGGGUAGGGUGGGGCUGACAGUGGCCUGAGGGGGUGUCAAGAGGGGAAUGUUUUACUGGGACCUAGAGGGAGGAAGUCCUGGGGGGGGUGCUGCUAGACCCAUCUGCCAUGAAGGAGGAGUUUUCAUUUACCAGGCAGUGAGAGGUUGGCCUCUGUGCUCUGUGCAAAUGCCACCCUGGGCUGUUGGGGAGGGCAGGCUGAGUGUGUGACAUCUUCCUGAUCAUGGGUUCCCAAGGAAGCUGGAGAGUCAGCACCUUGGGAAGGCAGCAGCCUGUCCCUGCUCUGAGCUGAAUGCCCGUGGCACAUGGUAACUCAGCUUUGUGUUAGGAAAGGUGGAAAAGGUGUGGUAACAGGUGAUUCUGCAGCUGUAGGAGGCUGGCAGAGAAGGGAUGGGGCGGAGUAAUAAUGACAAGAGAAGCCAGUCUCCCCCAUGAGUCCUCUCCUCACAUCACCCACCCUCCCCUAAAGGUGAUUAUGAAGAUGGUGGCUUCCCACCUCAUUCCGUCAUGCAGCAGUCGGCCCAUGUAGGAGGUAGCUGUGUGCCCUGCACCCACCCCCACUGCCAGCCUCUGUAAAUGUCUGUGGGACUGAAUGGCCUUUUCUCCUUUGUCUGUGAAACUCUUGGCCUGUGGAGAAGAUUCUUUGCUCUGUAGAGGAAGACCCAGCAGUGGGUACAUUUGAGGAGCAGAAGGGGCCAGUUCAUUUGAACAAACACUGAUUGUGCUCUGGCUCUGAAGGGAGGUGACAGAUAAGGACAAGACAGCCCCUGAAUAAAAGACUCAGUGUCUGGAACAGUUGGGGACCCCAACUGGGAGAUGGGAAAGGCCAUGAGAAGUGGUAAAAUAGAGAUACCUAGUAUUCCAGAAGACGGGAGAGAGAUGAAUUCUGACUGAGAAAGAGUAAGAGGGGCAUCAGGGGGCAGAAACAUUCUCAGGGAAGGUGCCCCCUCCAACACCUCCUUCCCAAGCCAUAGCCUGUGGAGAAGGUGCCACGUAGAAUUUGGGGGUCGGGGUGGAGAUGAGCAUGAGCACAGAUUGGGAGCAGGAGCCAGGAACUGUUAAGUGGAGAUAAAGAGGAGAUUUAUAGAGACUUAACAGAGGGCAAGUUUUUGUUUCGAAUUUUUUGUUAGGGAGAUUCUCAUCAGUAUCCAGAAUGUUACAGUGAGUUCCCUGUGCCUGUGACACAGCUUUGACAGUGAGCGAGUCAUGGCCAGUCCUCUCCCAUUCAUCUGCACCACGGCUUUUUCCGGAGUAUUUUAAAGCAAACUUUGGACUUACUUAACUUAAAUUCCUCAGCAUGAAUUUCUAAGCACUUUCUUUUUAAUAUUACUUCUGUGCCAUUAUCACGCCUGACAGAAACCAAGAAUAAUUCCUUAAUAUCAUGUGGAUACACAUUCCAUACUCCCAUGUCCCCACUUUUCGCAAGGAUGUCCUGUUGUAGUUUGUUCAAAUCACGAUCUAAACAUAGUCCACACUUGGCAUUUAUUUGGUGGUUACAUCUCUCAGGUCUCCUGUCUCCUGUAACCGUCCAGGAGGGAGAGCUUUUGAAGCUUUUCCUGGGGACAAAAAAUUUCUCAGAAAACUGAAGGUCCUGGGGCACCUGGGUGGCUCAGUUGGUUAAGCAGUCGGCUCAGGUCAUGAUUUCAUAGUUUGUGGUUUUGAGCCCUACACUGGGCUCUGUGCUGACAGCUUUGGAGCCUGGAGCCUGCUUUGGAUUCUGUGUCUCCCUCUCUCUCUCUGCCCCUUCCCUGCUUAUGCUCUGUCUCUCUGUCUCUCAAAAAUAAAUAAACGUUAAAAAAAAAAAAAAAGAAAGAAAGGAAAGAA